UGGCAACACCAGAUGUAUUGUGCAUGCGUCCAAUUGGGAUUUUUCCUGCUCAACAAGUUAUAGUAAUCAAAUUACACUGGUUUUCUAGCUACGUACGCAUAUAUAUGUAAAAUUCACCAAAAACUUGCAUGAUUCAGUCAACGCACUGCAAAAUACAGUCGUUGUUACAAGAUGAACGCGGCAGCAGAAGGUAGAGCCAGUGAUAGCCCGACGAGAUCGGGUCGCGAGGACAACUCAAUGCCCAUAAGACUGCUGCCAGAGACUGUACGACAGCAGCUGUGCGAGCACUUGGACUCUCUGGAUGUGUGGCAGCAGCUGGCCGCGUUUGUAAAGCUGUAUCCCAAUGAUGUACAGCACAUACGUAUCCAGAGUACGCGCGGGCGUUCGCCUUCUAUGGAAUUCCUGAACAUAUGGGGCGGGCAAUACAAUCACUCGGUCUAUAGCCUGUUUGCGCUCUUUCAUAAAAUGAAGCUACACAAUGCCAUGCGCAUUAUUAAGGAUCAUGUUGAUGACAAAUUCCACAAAUACAUUCCGCGUAGCAUGCCCACAAUUAGCGAGCUGCGUGCACCGGCCAGCACCAGUUCGAAAAUCAAUAAUGGACCACCAUAUGCCUCCUCGUCUGGCGUCACUGAUGAUAGCAAUAUGAAUAGCAAUAGCCUUGAAUCCCCAGGCGAUAUACGUGUGAGCAGCGUGCAACGCGCUGCUCAAUCCUUGCUAGAAAUCGACUACGAGGAACUAGUGAUAGCUACGGAAAACUGGCGACCAGAGAACAAAUUGGGCAAUGGUGGCUUUGGCGAAGUCUUCCAGGGUGAAUGGAAACAGCUCGCCGUGGCCAUCAAGGCAAUGAACUAUAUCCACAAGCACAAUGACAAGACCCAAGUGCAUCUGCAACAGAGCUACAACGAACUGAAGUAUUUGAAUACUAUACGACAUGACAAUAUCCUAGCACUCUAUGGCUACAGCAUCAACGGGGAGAAGCCCUGCCUGGUUUACCAGCUAAUGAAGGGCGGUUCGCUGGACUCUCGACUCAGAGCGCACAAGUCAAAGCAGCCGCUGUCACCAUUGACCUGGCAGCAACGUCUCUGCAUAGCCCUGGGCACAGCCAAAGGCAUCUACUUUUUGCACACGGCACGCAGCAAGCCGCUCAUACAUGGUGACAUUAAGCCCGCGAACAUAUUAUUGGAUCAGUGUCUGCAGCCCAAGAUUGGUGACUUUGGCCUGGCGCGUGAAGGUCCCAAGUCUAUCGAUGCAGUUAUGGAAGUGAGACAAGUCUUCGGCACCAGAAUCUAUUUGCCGCCCGAGUUUCUCAGCUCCAAGAAGCUGAGCACUGGCGUGGACAUCUACAGCUUUGGCGUUGUCCUGCUGGAGGUGUUCACCGGCCGCCUCAUGGCCGAAUGCACGCUGCAAAAUGACCAACAAAACUUGCUCAAAUAUGUUAAGGCCAAAUGCCUGCAGCCGCAACAGAAUCGCUUGGAUCUCUUUGACAAGCACCUGGUCACGCCCAUGGGCGAUGAACUGGACAAGUGCUUGUGUGCCAUAGAAGUGGGUCUCAAGUGUGCGGCAUCCAAUCCACAGGAUAGACCCUCCAUGGAUGAUGUGGUCAAACGCUUCAAGACCUUUAGCACUGAAUCUUGAAUAUCUACAAAAACCAUUCCCAUAUAUAUUAUUUUUUG